AAACUCUAACAUGCUCUCACAUGCAAUUGCUCCUCUCCACAAUCACAAGCCAUCCAAGAACACAGUAAGGCGGAUUAGCGACCCCCGACUCCAGUUCGUUUGCUAGAAAUUGGCGAAGGCUUAAUCCUGACCUAGCUGAAAGUUCAAUCCUUAACAUUCUUAGAUAAGUACUAGCAAGAUUAUUUCAUCGCAACCGCAUUGGCUAGAUUACUGAUGCUGUUUUGUUGACUGGCAAGCUCCACCAACAAGAGGAGCAAAUGUUGAAGAAACAAUCCUUCCCAACCAUCUGCCAUACCGCCAAAGCACCACUUCCAACUACUCUAGUUGCUGCACAAUAUUCCUUGUGGUGCUCCCAACAUCAGUGUCAAUCACGUGCGCACACUGGGGUACAAAUUCUGUGUGUGAACAGUGCUGAUUCUGCAAGAUGAUCACCACUAUUCUUCUAGUGCUAGUUAUUGUGUACUUGUUCAGAAACACCCUUUCGGAUGUUUCGGUAUUCAACCCAUUUGCGGAACCAGAAGUCCGAGAAGAACCCAUUGUUGAGGGCAAGUUCACUCCCGAAACUUUGCAAAAGUACAACGGUACGGAUGAUCCCAAAAUAUUCAUAGCAGUCAAGGGAAAGGUGUAUAACGUCAGCCAGGGAGCCUCUUUCUACGGCCCUGGCGGACCCUACGAGAACUUUGCAGGCAGGGACGCUUCUCGUGGGUUGGCCAAGAACUCGUUUGAGGCCGAGCUUUUGACCCCAAUUAACAAGCCCAUCGACACCUUGAAGGACUUGACUGACGCUGAGAUCGAGUCGUUGGAUGGCUGGGAGGAGCACUUCGAGAACAAGUACCCCAUUGUGGGCUCAUUGCAUGAAAACGGAGAAACCGGAGAAACCGGACAAUGAUGACCCGGUCGGCCCAAUUGGCAUUUUUCCAGUGGAAGGUUGUGUAAUAAUGAUAUUACGUUACGAAUGGCAUUUGUAGGCCUGUAAACGGUUACACCCAGCGUUGCAGUUUUUCAGAAUUGGUAGUGGAAGACGUCAGAAAUCACCUAUUCAGGCAUUGGCAAUGGAGGCGAUUCGAUCAAUACAUACGUCGCAUUGCUAUAGCAAAUAUCAAUACGAUAUAGAACACAUACUAGCUUAUUCUGUAGACCAGUUUCUGGCUGAAAAGUACCCAUGUCGGCUGUGAAAAAGUGUAGAGCUCGCCGUGCGAAGAGGAAGAAGUAUCAAUUGUAUGACAUGCUAGCUCGCAUUAACUACCACUAUUUAGCUAUCAUCUCGGGCUAGCAGCUCCUGAGAUCCAGUAGCAGAUUAUUACCCCAAGACUACCCCAGAGCCUCUAGCAUAGCACCUUACCCUCACCUUUUCUCCAAACCGCACACUA